AUGAACGCUCCUCUCGGUGGAAUCUGGCUCUGGCUCCCUCUACUAUUGACCUGGCUCACCCCUGAGGUCAGCUCUUCAUGGUGGUAUAUGAGAGCUACAGGUGGCUCCUCCAGGGUGAUGUGUGACAAUGUGCCAGGCCUGGUGAGCCGCCAGCGUCAGCUGUGCCACCGCCACCCAGAUGUGAUGCGAGCUAUUGGCGUGGGUGUGGCCGAGUGGACAGCAGAGUGCCAGCACCAGUUCCGCCAGCAUCGUUGGAACUGCAACACCCUAGACAGGGAUCACAGCCUCUUCGGCAGGGUCUUGCUCCGAAGUAGUCGGGAAUCUGCCUUUGUUUAUGCCAUCUCCUCAGCUGGAGUUGUAUUUGCCAUCACCAGAGCAUGUAGCCAGGGAGAAUUAAAAUCCUGUUCCUGUGAUCCAAAGAAGAAGGGAACUGCCAAGGACAGCAAGGGCACUUUUGACUGGGGUGGCUGCAGUGAUAACAUUGACUAUGGGAUCAAAUUUGCCCGAGCAUUUGUGGAUGCCAAGGAAAGGAAAGGAAAGGAUGCCAGAGCCCUGAUGAACCUUCACAACAACAGAGCUGGGAGAAAGGCUGUAAAGCGGUUCUUGAAACAAGAGUGCAAGUGUCAUGGAGUGAGCGGCUCCUGUACUCUGAGGACAUGCUGGCUGGCCAUGGCCGACUUCAGGAAAACGGGUGAUCAUCUUUGGAGGAAGUACAAUGGUGCCAUCCAGAUCGUCAUGAACCAGGAUGGCACUGGUUUCACUGUGGCUAACAAGAAAUUUAAGAAGCCAACGAAAAAUGACCUCGUGUAUUUUGAGAAUUCUCCAGACUACUGUAUCAGAGACCGAGAUUCAGGUUCCCUGGGUACAGCAGGCCGUGUGUGCAACCUGACUUCCCGAGGCAUGGACAGCUGCGAAGUCAUGUGCUGCGGGAGAGGCUACGAUACCUCCCGUGUCACCCGGAUGACGAAGUGUGAGUGUAAAUUCCACUGGUGUUGCGCCGUGCGCUGUCAGGACUGCCUGGAGGCUCUGGACGUGCACACGUGCAAGGCCCCCAAGAGCGCCGACUGGGCAGCUCCCACAUGACCCUGGCAGAGGUUACCCUCUGCCUUCUCUCCUGCAGGGACUCCAUAGGAUCUGCAAGGACACUGGGUCUUUGGGUUCUCUCCUGGGGGAUAUUUCCUAAGAUGUUUAGCCUUUGCCUCAACAUAAGUCCCUUCUCCCCCUCCCAAGGGACCCAGCACCACACACUGCACAUAAAGUACUCCUAUUCUAUCUAUCUUUUGGCAUUCUGGAAAUAGUAUGUCAGGAUGUCAGAGGAAAAGGAUGAUAGGCUCAGUUAAUUGUCUCUACCUGCCUAGACUUUUCCUUGUUGUAGAGCAAUUGACCAGGAAGCAAAAUAGAGUGUCUCAAAAGAACUUUCUCUGUGUCUUCCAACAAAUGCUCACAGUUAAGAAAUUUCAUACCUCUCCAGGGGUGGGAGUGGGGGUGUAAAGCAAAGAAAGCAGAAUCAACUGCCACUGAAUUAUUUUUAAAUUCCUGGAGAGACCAAGUAAGGAUUUUGUCUGGUCAAGUGAUUUUCACAGCCAUCAUCCCUGGGGGUAAUUGGUAAUGCCUGGAGAAGGAUGCCUUUCAAUAAACUUCAGGUUUAAAAAGCA